AUGGAUCUUCUCCGAAAGAUCGUUCGAAGCAAUACUGCACCUGCACGGCGGAAAGAGCGCCCCCACGAUGCAUUUGCUCUUACAGAGAUUUCGCGCCUUGGUAUACCCGGAUAUCCAACAGCAAUCGCGCAUGAUCCUGCCCAGUCGCUAUUGGCGAUAGGAACGUCUGUGGGAUCCGUGGUAAUAGUCGGGAAGGGAUGGGAGUAUGCGUUAUUCGCACCGGAAGGCUACUCCUCUGCCAUUCGUUUUCUGGCUUUCAAAGUUGGAGACAAGUACGUAAUUGGAGUCACUGCAAAGAGCGACCUCUUGGUAUGGGACCUGCAGGCGAUCAAGUUGAAGUUCCCACCGGUCCCUGUAUAUGGCAGUGUUUCCAGCUUGAAUGUGCCAUCACAAUCAAAGUGGAUAUAUCUGGGCUGCUGUAAUGGAACUGUUAUUGUUUAUGACUGUACGACGGGCAAGCAAUCCCCGUACACCAUCACCUACCCUUUUUACGGUGACGAGGAAGCACCCGGAGAAGAUGAUCAACGUCAAAUACAAGUAACUGGCCUUGAAACAAGUCCAACAGAUUUGAACCUACUGCUUAUCGGGUAUGCAUCGGGGUUCGUUGCUUUGUGGGAUCUGAAGGAGCAGUUGCUGCGACGAAAAUUUCGCAUGCAGCUGGCAGACGGCGAUGGACCAUUGCAAGCAGUGUGUUGGCAUCCCGAUGGACUCUAUUUCAUGGCCAAUUUUGGGCGGCGAUCAGCAAUAUGGGAAUUGAAGGAAGGAUGGUUAGAUGGGCUGAAAAAGAAUACAAUUCAUAAACCUGUACGAGUUAUUGAGACUACGCCCGUAUCGGUAACCCCGGCACAAGAUCCUAGCAAACCCUUCAGUCGUAAAAUAAUAUGGAUGCGAGGAACAACAACAGACGAGAGUUUACUCAUUAUGACGGGUGUGAAGGAGGAGGGUGAGAGUUUGGCUGUCCGUCGACUUUCUCGAUGUACAAACAUGGCAAACAUGAAGAGCGAUGUAAUGCACGCCAUUGGCAUGGAUGCGGUAGACUUUGCUCUAGUGGGUGAUGACAAGGGCAAGCAUCGUUUGGCGGUUGUCGUGGUUACCUCUUCAAGGACAGUUGAAGCCUUCUAUUUGGGACAAGAAGAUCGAUUAAGCUUGUCCGGGUCUGUGAUAAUAUCGUCAGCCGAACGUAUUACCGACUUCACAUAUUCAGAUUGUCCUGAAGCUCUAGGAUGGGAGAUGCGGGGAGGCGCCACGCCUCCAGAAGACCCUCGAACGCUGCCAAUGCACGGCGGAACACUGAUCAACAAGAACGCAAAGUACGUGUGGGACGUAUUUUGCACAUUGCAUGCCGACAAAGUGAUUCGAUUUUGGCAAGUCGGCAUCCCUUCGCCACGACUACUCUUCACCUUAUCGCCAGACAAAGUUAGCGGCGAUCUCAAUCAGGUUACGAUGGAUCUCGACCAACGUGCUCUUCUGCUGACUGCAGGGUGCACGGUCACCAUGUAUCGCUGGUUUAGUGCGAGUGAAAUCAGGGCGGCAAAGGCCGCCAACGGCCCACUGGAGGACAUGGAUGCACUCAUGCAACGUUUAGACGAGACAGUUGACCAAGUUUUAAAGCAAUCGGAGGACAUUCAGAGACUCUCCCGUGCUAGUGAUAGCUUGCAAGCUGUUGCAGAUGAGCCAGAAGUGCCACAGGGUCAAGAACCGGAGCACGGUGGCAAGACAUCGGAAGAGGAGGAGGGAGUGGCACGGCCAUUGCGUAAGCACUCUUCGGCGGGAGAUUCCCAAGGCGUUGGGGAAGCUGAUAGCAAGACCGGUACGGACAAUGGGGUGGACCCUGCGCCAGCUGUUGAUGCAACCCCGCCCGAUCAGACAUCAGCCCCGACAGUAUCAUUGGAGACGUCGGGCGACGGUCAAAGCGCAGAGCGGUCCCCAACAGGGUCUGAUGACCAACAACCUGAAGGGGAACGUCCGGUCUCCGGUAAUACUUCCCCAAAGAAAGAAUCUGAGGCUAAAUUACCAGCGCCGGAGCAACCACCGGCUCUACCGCAACGAUUGAGUUCUCAUGAUCCCCUGGCGAACGAAAGGGCGAGCCUGGUUGGAAACUCACAGCAUGUCGACUUUCGAGAUUCCGUUCUGGUAAAAGACAGUUUUCCCUUUGAAGCCCAGGAAACGGAGCUCCGGGACUCCUUGACAAGUAACGACUAUGUCACACUCGAGACAAUUCUUCCAGAAGAGCCACCCGAAAAACCCAGUUGGCAGCCGAUGGUGCAAGCUGUACACAAGGACCCUGUUCGGCUGCAAGCGUUUGCAAGCUGGGCGGAUCUUCUCGUAACGGCUACCGAAGGUGGUCGCUUACACGUUGUUCAAUUGAGUACUGGACGAGAGGUGACCGUAGAACCACUAUACGGUGAAUCGCGUGAAAACUCUGAAGUGGUCGAAUAUGACUUACUCCAUGUUGCCGAUACCUAUUUCGAUAAAGAAACUGUACCUCGGACUUGCAUCUUUGCUCUAUCCGCAGCUGGUCUUCAGCUCGUGUACGGAGUUUACACUGACAUCGUAAUGGGGGAUCUGACAUUGAAGAAAUGGGUUCUCUUUGAUCGCCGGCGAACUAGACAACAACCAGUGUUUGUGACAGUGCUCGAUGACCAUGGUCGUGUCGUUCGACAAGCUCGAACGUCACAUCACAGUGGAGCCUCCAACCAGCCGGGUGAAAAUUACAUCAUAGCAGCACUAUCCCGAACGAUCGUGGUAUACAUUGUAGAGCCAGGGACCAAACCUGCUGUGGCAGCUAUUGUUAAUCCAUCGGACGAGAAUGGGCCAAUCCUCAAAGCCUCCUUGAGCUUUCUUCAUGGAGAUCCGGUCCUUGUCGUUGUUACCGGAACGGGGCUCAUACAAGCGUUUGAGCUGCCUGGAUUGAAGCUCCUGUGGGAGAAUCGUUUGCCAAUAGCAAAUUUGGACGAAAGUCGUCUCCGGAAGACAUGCAUUGCAAAGGAUGGUAAAACGCUGUGCUGGACUUGGGAACGGGAAUUCCGUAUGUUCAGCUUUAUGAGCGAUAAAUCUCAUCUUCCAGACGUGGAAACCCGGAUAUACGAUCUCACACGAGCGACGUCAUGGGCGCGAGCUCAUGGUGUGAGACUAAGUUCCGCUAGCUCAAAUAAAGAACAUGAUGCUCUAUUUCAUCCCUUACCAAAAAUUGAACCUGUGGGAUCAUUAUCCGGCGAGGAAGGGUCCGCCUUUGGUCAUGCCAAACGAGCAUUGGAUGAGCGAGGGGAAAAACUGGGACAGCUUGAACACAAGUUUGGGGAUCUAGCAGAUUCAUCAAAGAAUUUUUUGGACACUAUAAAGGAAUACAACGAACGACAGGCGCAAAAGAAAUGGUGGCAGCUUUAA